AUGCCUCCAAAACGUCGAGUAAGAACUAAACAAGUUGAGCCUUUUAUACAUCCAGCUCUUGAAGAGGAACAAGCAGCAGCUCCAGAUAUCACUUUAGAGCAAGCUAAAAAUCGAAUUAAGGAAUUAGAAGAGCAGCUCCGGGUUAUGUCAUUGCAAAAUCACCAGGGUAACAACAGUGUCCUGGUAAAUCAAACGCUUGAUUCGUCAAAAGUUCGUUCGAAGAGUGCAGUAGAUUCUCCACGAGUCAAAAAAACCCGUAGAGGCUCUUCCAGUGUUCUGAAGAAAGACCAGAAUGCAGGAUGUUCAUGCAGUGGUGACUGCGGAUCUAAGAGAUGCGGCUGUGUUAAAAAAGAUAAAUCUUGUAACGAAUUUUGCAAAUGCACUGAUUUGUGUAAGAACCAGGUUGACCGAGCAAGUGAAGAUGAAGAUGAAGACGAUGAAGAUAAAGAGAACGUGCAAACCCGUAAAAAAGAGACUAAAAAGAAAGUUGAGAAAAAUCCAACACCGAAGGAACGUGUUACUCGUAAUCGUCAGGUGAAAAUGAUGAAUGAGGAUUCAAGCUCAGACGGAACUCCCUUGCAACCUCCUAAACCAAAGUCGCUUUUUAAUACUCCCGAACCGGAGAAUCGUUCUUAUAGUAGUGAAACAUCACCUGAAGAAGAAAGAAUUAUAAACCCGAUGAAGCCAAGGCACCAACUACAGCGUAGUCCUCCAAAUAAAAGUAUGAAUACUCUUAAUAGUUCAGAGGAACUUGAUGUUACAGUUAGAAAUCGUUCGCCUUCACCGAAUGUGUCUAGCACAUCUUUGCAAGUCAAUUCGUGUAAGCUUGAAGUGCCCUCACCCCCAAGUAAUCCCAUGAAGCCUAGACAUAAAUUAGCGCGCAGUCCAAUUGCUGGUCCGUCAUCGGAUCAUACCACUCGGUCGAAAUCUAAAUCGCCAAACUUGCAGAAAAAUUCUUCCGGUUAUGACGAUGUCGACGUAUUUUUAUCUGUUUCAAUGGCAGAUUCAUCGAAGCCUAUUGUAUCACCGACUCCACCACCGGGUAAACAAUAG